AAGGAUAGUUAAGUUAAUUUGUGCCUGAGUCUCAUUCACCUCAGUGGAGGCGGAGUUCUGAGGGUAGCUGAUGGAGGUCUUGAAGCAGAGUCUGUUGUACUGAGCCCACAAACCAGCUAUCUGACAGACAUACAGACACAGGGGAUGACAGACAGAAGUCCUUAACAACAGUCAGGGCUUUGUGGAUGGGUACAUAUAGAUGAAAAGUAAGAGUACGAAAGGAGUAUGAAAAUGUCUGCAACAAGUUGCUCAGGAUAAGAUGUUGCUAAAUGAUCUAAAGGUAAACGUAACAGCGACUUUGCAUGUUUGUGUGAAAGAGAAGGGUAGUUACCUUCUGGUGCGUCGUGUGAGAAGGCUCUUUUUGGAGCCUAAACAACCUGAGGGGGUGAUGGUCAGGGGACUUGUAGUCUGACCCAUAGGUGCUCUGCUGUCCUGCCUGGGACUCAAGCGGGGAGAGAUUGAUAGGUUAAACCUGAACUCUCCAACUAGAAACGGUACAAAGUACAUAUUUAGUAAUGAAUUCAUAAAUCAUGCUAAUUAUAAACUCUUAUGGAACUCACCUGAAUAUGACUAAAAUAGUUCAUGAAAUGGCUGUUGUUCCCUGUUAGGUCAUUCCUAGACGAUAACUCGGUCAGCAAGCUAGACUUACGCUGGUAAAAUGUGUGUUGGAAAACGUGUUUUAUAGAACGUUGGUAGGACUGUCACAAUAAUGAAUGCUAAUCGAUUCAUUACACAUCAAUGGAAGCGAUAGGUAAUCAUAAAUAAGAUGAUGUCACAGCUUUCAAAACAAACGUUGGUUGCGUCAUUCUUAAACAUAAAGCGAGUAAGGAAAACAUACAAGUAUAUAAAUCCUGUAAUAAUAUUAUCCAUUGCAUAAAGAGCCGUUAAUUUCCAAAUUAAAUUAUAUUUGACUGUAUAACUCGGUGAUUGGUCUUGUAGCUUUAAGAACAAUGUAUGUUAAAAACGAUCAUAAUGGUGUUGUCUUCAAACGUGGACGCUGAGCUGUUCAGCCUGUUACGGUUUUUAGUACAUAAACCUUAUUUCAAUACUUUGAAUAUUCUAUUGGAGGUGUUCAACUGCCUACAUCAAAGGGGAGUGACUGGAAGUAUGAUUCGUGACAACUGGGCGUGUCACGAAUCAUACUCAUUUUGUAGGCACGUCUCGCGUAACAUUUAUAUAACCGAUUUAUCAAAUAAUUGUAUUUUGACACUCGUAGACCACUCAAAAACUCGGCACUUGGUGAGCCUCGCUUCGUUCAUUCAGACAGGUAUUUUCUAUUAGAAGAAAGUGGCGUGCACUAACGCCCUAGAGCAGAGGUAGGCCUAGUAAUCGUGCGAGCCAGGUGUGGUCGAGCGGUCAUACUGUGUUCUUUCAGGCAAUUUGGCGAUGACGCAAGGCUAAUAAGCACGCCUCUUACAGUUCAUCGCUAUCGAUUUUGUUUGUUAGGCGGAGAGUUUAGAAGUAGGCUACUAAAGCACAACUUUAGGAUUAAUAACUAUAGUACUGAAAAUAAGGACAAUCCCAAAUUGAGGGUAGUGGACCGUAGCGGUUAAGGUACACUUGCAAAUCAGCAGUAUCUUGGAACAUAUAAUGGACACUCAUGUGAAAGCAGGCCAAGUCUACCUACAACACCGAAAUGUAGAAAAGAAGUGGAAAAAGCUGUGGCUAGCCCUGUACCCCUCCAGUUGCAGCGGUGUAGCCAGGCUAGAGCGCCAAGAGGUGGGUGGAGGUGAGAAGUCUGGUGCCUCCAUAGCCUGGAAAUACCAGGAGAAGGAGAAAAGGGUGAUCCGCCUGUCUGAGGUGGUCAGCGUUUUGAGGCUCCCACCGCACGCUGAGGCCUGUCCCAAGGACCACAUGGCCUUCUGUGUGGAGUCGGACAGCAGGAGGUUUGUCUUUGCCGCGGAUAAAGACGAGUGUAUGGACUGGGUGGAGAAGAUCUGUGAGAUCGCCUUUAAGAGGAGCUCCACGGGUCAGAAUAACCAGCUUCAGAUGGAAGACAACCAGAUAUAUGUCUCCAGAGAGGAAGUGAGUGAUUUCAGGGUGACUGUUCAGCAGACCGAUGCAGCAGUGCUCUGUGGCCUGCAGGGGGAGCACUACUGGUUGCACGUGGACCAGGAAGAGCUGAUACUGAAGGAGGGCGAAACCAGGAAGUUUCUGCUGGCCUGGCCCUAUCGGCUGCUGCGCCGCUACGGCAGAGACAAGCUGGCGUUCUCCAUCGAGGCGGGCCGGCGCUGCGACUCCGGGCCUGGAGCCUUUAUUUUUGAGACGAGCCUGGCUGAGGACAUCUUCAGCCGCGUUGAGACUGCCAUAAGGGAGCAGAAGGCCUCCGCUGUCCCCGGGGAUGACCGCGAGGCCAAGGACUCCUUUUCCAAGCCGGCCCCUGUUUUGCCUCGUUCACGUUCGCCGCUGCCCAAACUACCAGAUAACGCCAACAUUGUCGAGGGCGCCGUCAGAUCUAGGCCAGCAUCCUUUCACACGCGCAGACUCGAUAUGAUUGGCUCAGAGGAGUGUCCGUACUCUAAACCAGCAGACGACAUAAACCCCAAAGCCCCGACCCUCAGCUCCUACCCUGUCCCACCAGUCCCCGCCCACGCGGCCCCUGGCAACCGAUUGGAACCUCUGUACACCGAUCCGGCAGUUGUCCUGUCACUCACGCCCCCAAGAUGCACGCCGCCACCGCCGCCUACUUUGCCUUUCACAUCCAGUCGCCACGACAGUGAGUCUGAACCGGUAUAUUCGGAAGUGUACCACCGGGCCAGUCCACCCCUGGAACGGACACCGCAGAAACAGAACCCGGGGCCCAACAAGGAGGAACCUAUCUACAGUGAGCCAUGCGUGGGGACAAUAGGCAAGGUCCCCGACAGCAACAAGGCCCCCAAGGUUGACCCGUUUGCACACCUUUACAGCCAGGUCUGCAAGCCAGUCUCUUUGAUAACACCCACAACUUCAUCCUCCUCUUCUUCGUCGUCGCCGUCAUCUUCUCUGACCUUGAGCAAGACCCUGGCCACUAGGAGGCCCACCACUGGAGUCCAGUCAGGUCAACCGUAGAACCCUUUGCGGUCAUUUCGGUUACAUGAGGGUUGGAAAUUGGAUCCCGCUAAUGCCUGGCAAUAUAAUAACUUUGACCGUCUGACCUGUCUUUCUGAGUCUGGAUUGGUCUUCCUCUACAAAUUCUGAUUGUACUGUUGUGAAACCAAUGGGUUGGGCCAGUUCCAGCCUAGGUGGUGACAUUAUCAACAUCGAUAAUCUGAGUUGGUUGAUGGAUUUCUUUUUAACAUUGCACCAUGUUUUGAAGUCACUCUAAAUUAUCUUUUUCAGUGUCAAACUGAAAGUAUGUUUUCAAUUAAUAAAAUAACAGAAUAAAAAGGGUGUCAGGCAAACCUGACCCUAUAGGGCGCUACUUUUGAUCUGGGCAAAAGGAAUAUUAAGACAAUUUAAAAUAGUCACAAAAUGGUAUAGCAAAGUUACUUUAUUUAUUAAACGAGUUUCAACAUAAUUUUAUUUUUUGAUGCAAUAACCUUUGUAUGACCUAUGGAUGUUAACAUUUCACAUGAGUAUAGUGAAAACGAGAGGGAUAUCAUGUUCUUGCCUGUCGAUCAUUCAGGUGUCUAACAAGGCAAAUGUUCUGUAAGGCAAAUGGAAAUAUUGCAGUGUGGUCUACUAAAGAGUGACUAGGUGUAACGGUUAUGAAUCUUUCAUAAUGAAUGUUAUAGGCCCUUCCCUGUAUUCAGACAUUGCUGAUCGUACAAUGCGUGGCAUUUUCAGUAUCAACUAACGACAUCAUUUGAUGUCCACGUCUGUCAUUGAUGACAUUGUUGAUGACGUUUCUCGCAACCAUUUGAACAUGCAUGACCCGUCUGAACAAGGGAACAGGUCAAAUGACUGCGCUUCCAUUAGGUCUCACAUCCAUUUUACUAAUUCAUUAUUUAUUUCUUUAUUAUGGGUGUGCCUCCAUCAACAUUUCCUCUAUUAGUUCUCUGAGGCUGUCCCGUAACAAACCAUUGAGCCACUUUGUUGCCCCCAAUUUGUGUAAUGGGGUGGGUUUUAUAACUAUUCUAGCAGCCAAUCAGGUUGCUUUAAAUAGGUUUCUUUCUCAAAGUUAACAUGAAUCUGUCACAGUAUGAUGCAUUGUAAAUCCAUACAACUCUUUUCAGUGAAAUAAAACAUUUACAUCUC